GGAGUGAUAGCGUCGCGUCGCUCGCGCGUGAGAUCAGAAGAAGAGGACGCGGAGGAGAGUUCGGUCUCUCCUGAUGUUGAACGCGAACUCACUUCGCGAACCUGAAAACUUUCUGCGCUCGGGGUUUUUAUAAUUCAUUUCUUAGCUGGAUUCGAUCUUCAGGCGAUGGUUGGCGUUGUUCAGGUAACGGAUAGAUCGCGUCGCGGAUGAAGCGCGAGGCAGGUGCGUUUAUCGGCGAUGAUGAUGAUGAUGAUGAUGAUGGAUGGCUGCUCUUCAUCUCCGUCAGAACAUGAACUUCAGUCCCGUCGCACCGAGCUGCCGGAGGCUUCGUGGAGGUUUGGCCGCUGAUGGGUUCGUGAUCGCGGGGAUGUCGAUGGUUCUGCUGGGGUCGGACGGUCUCGGAGCGCGCGGAGCCUCAGUUCGCGGUCCCUGAAGGCAGAGCUCAAGCUGCAUGAUGCUGGCGUGUCUGCAGAGACAGAACCAGCCGACCCAACACCUCCCGUGUGCUGUGAAGAUCCUGGAUCCGCUCGCUCACAAGAGUGAGCAGAUUUCCAUGCGCUACCCAUCCGUGGCCGAACUGGAUGCCUACGCUCAAAGAACAGCCGACAGCCCGCUUUCAAUCAAGAUCUUCCCCACCAACGUCAGGGUCCCACAGCACAAGCAAAUCAGCAGGACCGUGAACGGCCUGGACACCGGCGGGCAGGGCUUGGGCCCGUACUCUCACUCCUACACCGGAGCCUACCAGGGCUUGCUGGCGAUCGUCAAGACUUCGUCCGCAGCCAAAGGCGUGCUAAAGAGCGCCGACGGAAAACGAACCAAACUGUCCCCGAUCCAGAUGGCGGUGGCUCCGUAUGCGCCGCCGAGCAGGAGCAGACACCGGCCGUACGGCGUCGUGUCUUAUCGCAUGAGCCGUCCGUCCAACGUCCAGUCCAGUCCUUCCUUCUUGUCCGCGUCUUGCGCCGACUCCAGUUUCGCUCUGGCGUAUCCCGGAGCCGUUCUGCCCACUCAAAGCGCGGAGGUAGCUGCUUCGGAUUAUUGGGCGCGUUAUCCGCACGUAUAUGGAUCGGGAAACCGUUCGCCUGACCUUUCCUACAGAUCCUACCCUCCCAGUCUAACGAUUCUAGACAAAGUCCCGACGCCCCCCGCCAUGCACGGAGAUUUCUCGGUUGGCCAGUUUUUCGCUCCUACUUGGAAUAGCGUUCUUGCCACGCCGGAUAGCGACUGUUAUAACCCUCAAGAGACUCGCGGCACACCUCCAUCCGUACACCCAACAGCCUCCGGGGUUCCUGUGCUGCGGGCCCCAGGGGAAGGGCCCCGCAGCAGCCUGCAGUCUCUGGAGGGCCUCAUCAGCGAGAUACACCCGCCUUGCAUCAAGGAGCGCAUGCUGGGACGCGGAUACGAGCCGCCCCUUCAGCUGCCCGUGCUCAGAUAGGACACUGCACUGAAAAACAUUAUUCUCUUACUUUGUGCUGUUACAUUUAAUUAUUAUAAUCUCAAUUGAAGUGAAGAAGGAUUCCCGAGGUCUGUGCAGUAGACGGUGUCGAGUUCUACUGUACGCUUAAACCUGAAAACUUUAGAAAUUUAGAAAAGUAAUGAAGAUUACAUGAAGAUUAUAUGAUUCGGAUGCACAGGUGAUUCGGAAGAGUAGUUGAUUCAGUAGAGGAGGUGAUUCAGAAGCGCAGUUAAUACAGUAGCGCCUCUGAUUCGGAAGCGGUGGUGAUUCAGUAAUGCAGGUGAUUCGGAUGCGUAGUCGAUUCAGUAGCACCAGUGAUUUGGAAAUGCAGGUGAUUCAGUAGCGCCUCUGAUUCAGUAAUGCAGGUGAUUCGGAAGAGUAGUUGAUUCAGUUAUGCCUCUGAUUCGGAAGCACAGGUGAUUCAGUAAUGCAGGUGAUUCGGAAGAGUAGUUGAUUCAGUUAUGCAGGUGAUUCGGAAGCGCAGUUCAUACAGUAGCGCCUCUGAUUCAGAAGCGCAGGUGAUUCAGUAGCGCCAGUGAUUCGGAACCGCAGUUGAUUCAGUAGCGCCUCUGAUCCAGUAAUGCAGGUGAUUCGGAAGCUAUCAGCUGUUUUUCCUGUGCUGUUUAUUCCAGUCACUUCAACACAUUCACUAACUCUCAUAAAAGCCUCCUAAAUGACACGGAAUCCUAAUAGUUAUGAUCUUUGUAAAUCAUUGACCGCGUUUCUGGCAUGAGUCGUUCAUAUGAAAACUUAAUUUAAACGUGAAUAAAUGCAUAUUUUUACUCCCAUGUGUGUUGCUGACAGUAGGGUGACGUUCAUAUUUAUAAGAUUCUUUAUUGUAGUUGUUUUUUCAUCUAAAGAGUUUCAUGUCUGUUCUCAGAUUCCCACAAACAGAAUGUGAUUCCUGACGAUGAUUCUGAUUCUGAUGCUGAGUUUGUUUUGAUCUGCUGAAGCUGGUUUUUGGGAUCAUGGAGUCAAGGUAUAAUCUCUCUCCGUCAACACAGGGAACCCAUUACUAUCUUAUAUAGUUUAUUCCUUCGUUCUAUUUAUUGAUAUAUAAAUCGGGUGCGCGAGAUGUGUGUGUGUGUGCGCGUGUGUGUGUGUGUGUGUGUGUGUGUGUGUGUG